UCCUGCGCUCCAGGAAAAGAAGAAGAACAUUAAAGACACCGAAGAAGAAGCGCCGGUGACGCGGGUCGGUUCCGUAAAAUGUCGGGUACGGGUUCGGAGGUGGACGUGCUGGUCCAGAGGGUGGUCAGAGACCUCAGCACGGCCCUGAACAGGAACCGGAACAUAGAUGAGAUCGGCCUGAUCCCGUGCCCGGAGGCCCGUUACAACCGCAGCCCCAUCGUGAUGGUGGAGAACAAGCUGGGGGUGGAGAGCUGGUGUGUGAAGUUCCUGCUGCCGUACGUGCACAACAAGCUGCUGCUCUAUCGCCAACGCAGGCUCUGGCUCGACCGCCAAGCUUUAGUGGACAUCACCUGCACUCUGCUGCUGCUCAACCCGGACCUCACCACGGCCUGGAACGUCCGGAAGGAGCUGGUGGAGAGUGGAGCUCUCAGUCCAGAGCGAGACCUUUACCUGGGCAAGCUGGCCCUCAGCAAAUCCCCCAAGAGUCCUGAGACGUGGAUACACAGGCGCUGGGUUCUGCUGCACCUCCUGCAGAAGGCUCCUCCAGCAGACCAGAACCAGACGGAUGCAGAGAGGAGCCGGCACCUGAGCGAGCAGCUGGCCCAGACGCUCCAUGAGGAGAUGAAGGUGUGCGCCGACGCCGCCUGCCGCUAUCCCAGCAACUACAACGCCUGGUCCCACCGCAUCUGGGUGCUGCAGCGGCUGGCCAAGGGCAACGUGAAGGUUUUCCUGGAUGAGCUGGCGUCCAUGCGGCCCUGGGUGUCCACGCACGUGUCCGACCACAGCGGCUUCCACUACCGCCAGUUCCUACUGCAGGAGCUGACGGGUUCUCUGGGUCCGCCUGCCGGCUGCUGCGCCAACGGGGAGCGGUCCGAAGGAGAGGAGGCGCAGCGGGACCUCCCCACAGUCCUGCAGCUCUUCUGCCGUGAGAUGGAGCUGUGCUCGGACCUGAUCCAGUCCUUUCCCGGACACGAGACCCUCUGGAGCCACAGGAGACACGUCUUCUUCCUGUGGCACCGCUGGAAGGAGCAGCACCGGGACGACAGCGGUGAUGAGGGCAGUGAUCCAGCGGGGGGCGCUCAAACACCGAUCAGCUGCGGUGACAGCCAGACCUCGGCUGGUGUUCCUAUGGAGGUGGACCGGGGGUGUUCUUCAGACCCCCAGGACAUCAAACGGCUGAGGAGGGGCGUCCCGGUCCCUCGCCCCCCCUCCUCCCAGACUGAGCGUGUGUUCGUCAGCAGCCUGCUGGACGGCUGCGGCCCCGAGCAGAGGAGCUUCGCUCUGGCCUACAGGAAGUGGUUGGACACGGUGGUCGGGGUGCCAUCCUGACACCGCCAGCUCUAAACCCCGCCUCCUCGUAGCACUGAGGCUGCCUUUAGGUGCAGGUCGAGGAUCAGCACACCUGCCUGCAGAGCACCUUCACAGAACCCUCUGGACGGUUCUGACCCAGCAGCUGCUGGGGGGCCGCCUCCUGUUCCAGUGUUUUUAGGUCAAGUCUCACCUGGAUCUUUGUCGGGGGAGGGGUUUCCACACUCCCUCAUGUCAGCGUUCAGAACAGAGACAUGAGGACCCAGCAGAACACGGAGCUCCACCGGUCCAGAACACUACAGUUCUGUGGAAAGGCCCGCUGCAGCCUGACAGAUGGACUCUUCACAUGUUCAGGGGGCUGGUAUUCUUUUCUGGGGGGGUCUUUACUAUGUAGCGGUUUGUGACCUUCACACUGACCUCCUCAGACCCCGCGCUACAUGUGCAUGCCUCACCCCCCAGGCCCACGAGCAGCGUCACUUUAAGGUACUUGAAUGGUUCCGGUUAGACCAGAAACGAGCUUUGCAAUAAAAGCCGAUUCUUUUACCUCUGA